UCCAUGCGGGCGGCCGCCCCUCUCGGGGCCCGGGCACACGAUGCUCAAGUGCAUCCCGCUGUGGCGCUGCAACCGGCACGUGGAGGCGCUGGACCGGCGCCACUGCUCGCUGCAGGCCGUGCCCGACGACGUCUACCGCUACAGCCGCAGCCUGGAGGAGCUGCUGCUCGACGCCAACCAGCUGCGCGAGCUGCCCAAGCCCUUCUUCCGCCUGCUGAACCUCCGCAAGCUGGGCCUGAGCGACAACGAGAUCCAGCGGCUGCCCCCCGAGGUGGCCAACUUCAUGCAGCUGGUGGAGCUGGACGUGUCCCGCAAUGACAUCCCCGAGAUCCCCGAGAGCAUCCGCUUCUGCAAGGCCCUGGAGAUCGCCGACUUCAGCGGGAACCCGCUGUCCAGGCUCCCCGAAGGCUUCACCCAGCUCCGCAGCCUGGCCCACCUGGCCCUCAAUGACGUGUCCCUGCAGGCGCUGCCCGGGGACAUGGGCAACCUGGCCAACCUGGUGACUCUGGAGCUGCGGGAGAACCUGCUCAAGUCCCUGCCCUCGUCUCUGUCUUUCCUGGUCAAGCUGGAGCAGCUGGAUCUGGGUGGCAACGACCUGGAAGUGCUGCCAGACACUCUGGGGGCUCUGCCCAACCUUCGGGAGCUGUGGCUGGACAGGAACCAGCUGUCGGCGCUGCCCCCGGAGCUGGGGAACCUGCGGCGCUUGGUAUGCCUGGACGUGUCCGAAAACCGGCUGGAAGAGCUGCCGGCGGAGCUGGGCGGGCUCGCGCUGCUCACGGACCUGCUGCUCUCGCAGAACUCGCUGCAGCGCCUGCCCGAUGGCAUCGGCCAGCUGAAGCAGUUGUCCAUCCUGAAGGUGGACCAGAACCGCCUGUGCGAGGUGACCGAGGCCAUCGGGGGCUGCGAGAACCUGUCGGAGCUGGUGCUCACCGAGAACCUGCUGACGACCCUGCCACACUCCCUGGGCAACCUGACCAAGCUCACUAACCUCAACGUGGACCGGAACCACCUGGAGACACUGCCACCCGAGAUUGGAGGCUGCCUGGCUCUCAACGUCCUCUCCCUGCGGGACAACCGCCUGGCUGCGCUGCCCCCAGAGCUGGCUAACACAACGGAGCUGCACGUACUGGACGUGGCCGGGAACAGGCUGCAGAGCCUGCCGCUGGCUCUCACCCACCUCAACCUCAAGGCCCUGUGGCUGGCGGAGAAUCAGGCCCAGCCCAUGCUCCGCUUCCAGACGGAAGACGAUGCCCAGACAGGGGAGAAGGUGCUGACCUGCUACCUGCUACCUCAGCAGCCCCCGCCCAGCCUCGAGGACCCGCUGCUGCAGGGCAGCCCGUCGGACAGCUGGAGUGAUGCCCCUGUCAGCCGUGUCAGCGUCAUCCAGUUCCUGGAGGCCCCUGCAGGGGACGAGGAGCCCGAGGAGGCUACAGAGAAGCAGGGCCUGCAGCGCCGUGCCACGCCUCACCCCAGCGAGCUGAAGGUGAUGAAGAGAGGCGUGGAAGAGCGUCGGGCUGAGGCUCCUGCCUGCAGGCUGGGGCCUAGGGCCCCUACGCCCCUAGAGGAGGACCGGAGACUGAGUGCGGAGUCCAGCCUGAACGAGGGCUCCCCCGUGUCCACCAGCACCACCUCCCAGGGGAAACCUGAGGCCCCCAGGUCCGAGGUGGAGGUUCCAGGCCCACAGGAGGCCAACCCAGAGGAAUCCCCGGAGGAGAGCUAUGAGGAGCCCACUGUGCAUUUCGCGGAGGACAUCCUGCUGCCCCACGAGGGUGAGGAGAGUGACUCGGCCCCCCUGGACACCCCGUGGCCCUGCGGCGGCAGGCAGCGGCUCAUCCGCAAAGACACGCCGCACUACAAGAAGCACUUCAAGAUCUCCAAGCUGCCCCAGCCCGAAGCCGUGGCCGCCCUGCUACAGGGCGCUGUGCCUGAUGCCGACGGUGCCACCUGGUGCAAUGGACCCCACAUGCCGUGGGCGCCACGGGCCGAGGAGGAGGAGGAGGAGGAGGAAGAUGAGGAGGAGGAGGAGGAAGAUAACGUGCAAGAGGAGGAGGUGGCGGCUCCUGUGCCCUCCGUCAAGGGUGUGUCGUUUGACCAGGCCAAUAACCUGCUGAUAGAGCCCGCUCGCAUUGAGGAGGAAGAGCUGACGCUCACCAUCGUGCGGCAGACUGGGGGCCUGGGCAUCAGUAUUGCGGGCGGCAAGGGCUCCACCCCCUACAAGGGCGAGGACGAGGGUAUUUUCAUCUCUCGAGUGUCUGAAGAAGGGCCUGCUGCCCGCGCCGGGGUCCGUGUGGGGGACAAGCUCCUGGAGGUGAACGGGGUGGACCUGCACGAAGCCGAACACCACCAAGCUGUGGAGGCGCUGAGGGGCGCAGGCUCCACUGUGCAGAUGCGGCUGUGGCGGGAGCGCAUGGUGGAGCCUGAGAAUGCGGUCACCGUCACGCCUCUGCGGCCCGAGGACGACUCCAGCCCCCGCCUCCGCCUGCCCCUGCUGCCCGCUGAGCCCGCCAGCCCCAGGCCCCUCCGCCAGCGGCACGUGGCCUGCCUGGUGCGCAGCGAGAAGGGCCUGGGCUUCAGCAUCGCUGGUGGGAAAGGCUCCACGCCCUACCGGGCCAGCGACGGGGGUAUCUUCAUCUCUCGCAUCGCAGAGGGUGGAGCUGCCCACCGGGCAGGCACCCUGCAGGUUGGAGACCGGGUCCUCUCGAUCAACGGGGUGGACAUGACGGAGGCCCGGCAUGAGCACGCUGUGUCCCUGCUGACCGCAGCCACCCCCACUAUUGCACUGCUGCUAGAGCGGGAGGCAGGGGGCGCCCUGCUCCCCAGCCCGCUGCCGCAGUCCCCCUCACCUUCCACUGCUGCUGCCAACAACGCUUCCCCUGUGUUCACUGCCAGUCCUGGUGAGCCAGGGCCGUUGCACCUCUCCCCCAGCCUGCUAGCUGCCACCCUGGAGAGCCCGUACCCGGUGGAGGAGAUCUGCCUGCCGAGAUCUGGGGGCCCGCUGGGGCUCAGCAUCGUGGGAGGCUCCGACCACUCCAGCCACCCCUUUGGAGUCCAGGAACCUGGUGUGUUCAUCUCCAAGGUGCUGCCCCGAGGCCUGGCGGUGCGCAGUGGCCUGAGGGUGGGCGAUCGCAUCCUGGCGGUGAACGGGCAGGACAUUCGCGGGGCCACGCACCAGGAGGCAGUCAGCGCGCUGCUCCGGCCUUGCCUGGAGCUGGUGCUGCUGGUGCGCAGGGACCCGCCGCCACCCGGCAUGCGCGAGCUCCACAUCCACAAGAUGCCGGGCGAGAAGCUGGGCAUCAGCAUCCGUGGGGGCGCCAAGGGCCACGCCGGCAACCCCUGUGACCCUACUGAUGAGGGCAUCUUUAUCUCUAAGGUAAGCCCCACGGGGGCAGCGGGCCGUGACGGGCGCCUGCGUGUGGGGCAGCGGCUGCUGGAGGUGAACCAACAGAGCCUGCUGGGCCUGACACAUGCCGAGGCCGUCCAGCUGCUGCGUGGAGCUGCUGACAGCUUGACCGUGCUAGUCUGCGAUGGCUUCGACGCAAGCGCUCCCGGCCCAGCCGAGGUAUCCCCUGGCACCAUCGCCAACCCCUUAGUGGCCGGCCUCAGCCGCCGCCACAGCCUGGAGAGCCUGUCUUCCGUGGACCAUGAGACGAGCCCCGAGGGCCUGGGCAAGGAUGAUCGGUCUCUCCAGGCACUGCCGCUGUGGGGGCUGGAGACUGGGCUCCCUGCAUCCAGGAAGACCCCCGAGGCCCCCUGCCUGCCCAACCAGCCUCUGCCCGCCUUCCCACCGUCCCCGGAGGAGCUGCCUGCCAGCGUGAAGCAAGCCUACAGGACCUUUGCUGCUGUGCCCGGCCCACCCCUGCCCCAGGAUGACCCAGCCCAGCCCCUCACGCCAGGGUCCACCGCCUCCCCGGAGCAGUUGUCCUUCCGCGAACGGCAGAAGUACUUCGAGCUGGAGGUUCGUGCACCCCCGGCUGAGGGGCCCCCCAAACGCGUUUCCCUGGUGGGUGCCGACGACCUGCGAAAGAUGCAAGAAGAGGAAGCUCGAAAGCUGCAACAGAAGAGGGCACAGAUGCUGCGGGAAGCAACUGAGGCAGGGCACCCCUCGGACCCCAGCGAUGACGGCACCCUCGAACCGGAGGAGCCUCCUUGGGCCGGCCCAGGCCACACGGCAGGGCCUGGCCCAGGGUCCCCACUCCUGGCUGGAGGGAGCGCCCCCGUGAGGACAGCCAAGGCCGAGCGCCGCCACCAGGAACGGAUGCGCAUGCAGAGCCCUGAGCUCCCAGUGCCCGAGCGGGCCCUGUCACCCGCUGAGCGCCGGGCCCUGGAGGCCGAGAAGCGGGCCCUGUGGAGGGCAGCCAGGAUGAAGUCCCUGGAGCAGGACGCACUGCGCGCCCAGAUGGUCCUCAGCAAAUCCCAGGAGUCCAGGGGCAAGCGCGGCCCCCUAGAGCGCCUGGCGGAGUCCCCUUCCCCCGCGCCCACCCCAUCGCCCACCCCCUUGGAAGAUCUCGGUUCUCAGACCAGCAUGUCCCCCAGCCGUCUGGCCUUGUCUGGGAGGUUUGACUACAGGGUGUUUGCCGCCCUCCCUUCCUCCCGGCCUCUCUGUGACAUCCAGUCCCCAGGUCUGGCGGAGGACGUGAGAUCCUUAGAACCGUCUCCCAGCCCCGGCCUGCAGCAGGAAGAUGGAGAAGUGGCCAUGGUGCUCCUGGGCAGGCCUUCACGGGGGACUCUGGGGCCUGAGGAGAUGGCGCUGUGCAGCAGCCGCCGGCCUGUGAGGCCAGGUCGGCGCAGCCUAGGCCCGGUUCCCUCCUAGAGCCAGCGCUCCCCCCGGCGUGUAGCAUUCCCCCUGGGCAUAGCAUUGGAAUCCAGCCCCCUCCGGGGCCCUAGCGCCUGACUGCCCCUGCCCAGCCAGGACCUUGGCGAGACUGUAACUAGUGACGUUUGUACAACCAAAGACUCUAUUUUGUGGUUUAAACAAAAUAAAUUGAUUACAUUUUA